CUUCCGGUAGACCGCCCUAGAGCCAGAACUAGGGUGGGACACACAUGGCUUUUCCUCAGACGAGGAAAUUUAGAUGGAUGCCACUUCUAUCUUCAGCACUUAUUUUGGAUUUUUUUUAUUUUCUUCACCAUGCCGCCUGUAUAUUCUUAUGGAGAAAUUGCAUUCAUCUUGCAAGAACCAAUAGGCCUUGGUACUCCACCUCAUCUGUGCUCUUUACCUCCUCUGUUUGGAGGGCAGAGCUAGAAGAGAUGGGACAGAUAUCCCAUUAAACAGCUUUCAUUUUGUACUUGACACCUCCCCGAUUCCCACUUCUCAGCUUUCUUUUGUUUGUUGUCUUCUCCCCAUUAGAUUGUAAACUCCGUGAUUAGAUUAGACUACCCCAUUAGAUUAUAAAUUCUUUUUCAUAUUUGUAUCCCCGUCAUAUACAGUUUGUGGCACAUAGUAGCCGCUUAAAUGUUUAUUGACCAUUGAUCGACUUCAGGGGCAGGUCACAGACAAACUAAUGAAAUUAAAUGUGAAAACAGACAUUGUCCUUCCGUUUCUCAAAUUAUUUGACGUCCAUGGGCAGCGCUUCUCUCUUUUUCACCUAACUUCUACCCUGGAUACCCUUUUUAAAUUGUCUUUAUUGUGCUGGUUUAGCACAAUCCAAAAAUAUUGCACACAAAUCUCAUUAGAGAACUUUUUGGAGGCAAAACUUUAACAGAUUUAUUGAAUAAAUUGCAAUUUCGUUCCUAAGUUUACAGCUCAGUUCCUUCCUAGGGCAGAGAAGGGAGCCAUCUAAGAAGCGGAGAGUUGGGGACUUGCUGGCCAGUUAUAUCCCAGAAGAUGAGGCAUUGAUGCUUCGAGAUGGACGAUUUGCCUGUGCUGUCUGUCCCCACCGGCCUGUAUUGGACACAUUGACCAUGUUGACUGCCCACCGUGCAGGGAAGAGGCACUUGGCUAGCCUGAAAGAUUUCUAUGGCAAGAAGCAACAGUGGAAAGGAGAAGAACAGAAUCCAAAACAGCAGGAAGAAUGGAGAACUGAGAAGUCAGGGGACCAGGCUCCUCUGCUGGCCCAGACCCGUUUAAUCACCCAAAGUGCCCUACGCAGAGCCCCGAAUUAUAACAGUUGCUGUCGACGGCAGAAGAACAGACCAGAAACUCCUUCGCCCUCAGCUCCCCACCCUUCAUUCAGGCCCCCACAGAUUGAUGAACCCUCAUACAAGAAGGCUGGUACAGCACCUGAGUCUGAGGGUGAUAUAAAGGCCAAGGAUUCAGCAGCAACCCCAACCCCUGUGCCCUUGAGUCCUGCCAAACAAAGAGCAUUGGACCAUUAUCUGACCUUGCGUAGCUCUGGUUGGCUCCAGGAUGGAAGAGGUAGAUGGGUAAAAGAUAAGAAUGUAGAGUUUGAUUCUGAUGAAGAGGAACCCCCAGAUCUCCCCUUAGAUUAAUACCCUCCUAACUCCCUGUCCAUUUCAUUUAAAUAAAUCAGAGAACAUGCUAGGAA